CAUCUGUGCUGCUCGAGCUGAACGUAUUUGGUGUUGUCCAGGUGUGUAGCUGAGGAUGGAUUUAAAAGAUAAAGUGGCCGUGGUGACAGGAGGAGCUCAGGGUUUGGGCAGAAGCUUUGUUGAAAUACUCCUGAAAAAUGGUGCAAAGGUGGCUAUCAUCGACAUGAAUGAAUCACUUGGAAGUGAACUGAAAGCCACACUUGACAAAGAAUACGGGCCAGACAGCACUGAAUUUUACAUUGCCGAUGUGUCAUCACAGGAGCAGUUUGCAGGUGCUUUUCAGAAAGCUGUGGAAAGGUUUGGCAGUUUUGACAUUAUGUGCAACAAUGCAGGGAUUAUUGAUGAAAAGAACUGGGAGAAAAGUAUCGCAGUGAACCUGGGGGGAGUGAUCAGGGGCACCCAUCUGGUUCUAGAGCAAAUGAGGAGCGAAAAAAAUGUAAAAACUUAAAAAGUCAUCAUCAACAUAUCAUCUGUCGCAGGUCUGGCGCCGAUGAUAACAGCACCUGUCUACAGCGGAACAGAACAUGGAGUUGUGGGCUUUAGCCGUUCUAUGGCAGCUGCUGUCAAGGCGGCCAACGCCAGCGUGAGAAUCAAUGUUCUGUGUCCGUGGCAUGUGAACACAAGCUUGAUGUCCUUUCUGAAUUCAGAGGAGCAGAUUGGGGAUUUCUGUCAUUUUAAGGACGUGACAGAGAAAACAUUGGAAAAAUAUGGCAUUCUUGAGACUGAUGAUGUCACCAAGGCCUUUCUGACUCUUGUGACAGAUGAGAGCAAGGAAGGAGAAGUGAUUUUCGUUGAUACGGAUGGUGUUAAAACCGUUCCCCCUCCUGGACGUCCCAGCCAACAGUAG